AAUAUUAACUUUCUAGUUUGUUUGCAGAUGAAGGAAAGUUUAAUACUAGAGUUAUUAUUUUCAUUAAAACAGAUCAGCUCGUCUAGUCUGUACAUCAUCGCACUCAUCCCUAAUGCCGAUAUCAGCAAGCCUGUACCUAUUGAGGUGCUCCUAUAUUACAGUGUGUUGUAUAUUAUCUGUCACAAGAAACCACUUGUCAACACCAGGUCAGGACAAUGGUUAUCUACAAAGAUUGGUCGUUUCUGAAAAAUUGUAAGAUACAUGUGACCUCAGUUAUACUACAAUCGGACUCGGCUCAGAAAUUGUGAUUAUGUGUCUGUUGGUUCAUUCUAAUUUUCUUCAUUACAGUGCACAGGUCAGAAAAUUAAUCAUUAUCUAUGAUUCGGGAACUUAUGUGUGUGUGCGCGCGCGUGCAGGGGCUCAUGUGAAGGUGAUAAAGAUAAUUGAUACUUUAUAUUUUAAACGCCAUUGACAGCAUCAUUGUGAAGUUUGGAAGUAAAAUAAUAACAAAGAAAUAAAUAACUAGAAACUAGAAUGUAGCAAUCAACAAUUUUGAUUGUUCCGGUCCAGAAAUAUCUCUGUAGCUAUCACAUGCUCUAACAAUGAACGACCACCAUAUAAUUGUCUCUUAAGAAUGUACUAACACAAGCACAUAUCCUGUGUAACUAUUCAGCUAAUUAAAACAUCUUCUUAUCACCACAAUGCCCUACAAUAACAGGGUAUAUAACAGGACAGGUACAUCGUGAACUAGGAUUGACGAAGACAACUUUCACUGAGCGCACAGAAACCAGAUUGUUGUGGGAAGUGACGGGACUUCAAACACUCUCUUUCUAACUUUCAACAAUGUUGGAUUAUUUUCAAAGAUAAUUGCUUGGAAUGGCAGCUUUAAAGAAUUUGAUGUUUUUCCAACAUCAUGUUUCUUACUCUCGUCGGACACACCUGUUUCCAGGACAACUGGCCAUGGUCUUGUCAUGUCUAUACAUUACUGCUGUUUCCACCCAAGAUGGAAAGAUUACCUGCACCGCGCCAUCGGUGAAGCCUCUUCAAGAAGCAGUUCUUGUUUGUCACUUUCCCGAGGAUCUCAGUGUCACAAAGAAAUCAUUCUCAGUCUACCACUAUGCCAACGCUGUUAUAGACUGCUGGUGGAUGAGUAAUAAAAUGGACUGUUUUGCUCAACCUGGCUUCAAGUCCAGCAAGACCGUUGGAACAAACACGACAGUUACCAUCAGAGAAGUGACCUCAGAGGUCACCGGGACUUACGCUUGUCAGGUGGAUGGCUACGGAUCGAAGUCUGUGGAAACUUGCGACAUUAAGUUUGAACUUGGGAGCAGCGACACAUGCAGAAUCGUUCAUAACCGAUUUCAAGCCAACAUCACUUGCUUCUUCACCGAGGACAUUGCGAAAACAAGAAGAAGGUUUGCAGUCUAUAAACACAACGGGCAAGACAAACACAUGGUCGCGAAUUGUUCAUGGGAGGACACAAGGCCCAGGUGUCAGGUGGAACAUGGUUACCUGAACAGUGAUGAUGUGUCCUACUACACUACUUUCAGGAUACUGCAGGUAGCAAAGGAUCAGUGGGGUAACUACUCUUGUUGGCAUGAAGGUUCUAUUUCUGGUCAGCAGGAGACGUGUCAACUCGAUAUUGACGACAAUGAAAAACAUGCUGCAAAGGUGGACGAAACGGACAACACAUUGGCGAUUGUACUGGGGUCGCUGCUUUCGACUUUAUUACUGGUGGCUGGGAUCGUCUUAACGCUGGUUUUCAAAGGAAAGAUUCCGUUCUUGCGUCGUCGGAUCGGCCAGAUAAAUAAAGAACCAGAUGGUGAAGACAGUCCUCUGACGACAACCCCGAAAGAUACAGACGUUGAGGUGAUCACUAAAGAGUUUAUGCAGCGCCUGGUUGAGGAUGUUAUAGAAAUGUACCCAGAAAUACUGGAUACUUGUCAUUUCGUACCACCUGUCUACGUUAACAAAACUCGAUACAAAACUCAUUCUGUGUCAGGGGAAGUUGUUUACAUCCCUGUCAUUCCUGAUAUGAAAAAUACACAAGAUAUGGGUAUUGUAAGACAUGACAGAGCCAUGCAACAUGUCCUGCACUGUCUACAUCACAUGGCCGAUCAAAGACAAGAUAAGAUGUUUGUCCUGACACAGUUUAACUACGACGACUAUCUGAACAACCCCGGUACUGACUAUCAACAACAUCGUCUACCUGUGCCGUCAAGUGUCAUACACAAGGAUGACGACGUGGCCUGUGUGGACUUUGUCAUCGUGCACAGACAACACGGGGUGUUGGUGGGGGUGGUGAAGGCGGUCAGUGACAAGGUGGAGGACAGUGACGAUGGUCAGCAAGACGAGGGAGGAUGUAUUGUCACAGCAGUGACUGAGGCUGUACAGCAGCUACAGAAGGCAAAUCGUGUGAUAAGACAUGUCAUGUCAGACCAGCGACAGUGUCAUACAGUUCGUCACACACUGAUACUACCCAACCUUACCCACGCCUCACUUAGCCUUGCUGUCUACAAACAUUCUGAGCUGGUUGAGACUUUAAGCGGGUGUUUAGGUGUGACAGCCACAGAAGACCCCACUAACCAGUGUCUGUGUGUUGAGGACUUGUCACACCCGUCUACACCUGGUGUCCUUACAUCUGAUGUGGUCAACACGUUACGUGACCGCUGGAAGUGGACGAUUGCCAGGGUUGGUGGUGUCGCCAUGAACGAUGAUAUGUAUCUCACUGUAAUAGCCAGGUUCUGUGGCCCGGCGACACAGUCUACUCUAGACAUACAAGACCAACCUUACCUGCUGCCCAAGACUCUGGCAGAAGCUGUUUCACUGACAGGAGACCUGUACGAGCGAUGGACACUGCAUCCAGACAUGGUAGACAUGCUCAACGAACAACGAAUGUUUCUGGUCGGUCCACCUAGUGACGAUGAAACACGAAUGUUGAUCCUGGCUGCCAAUAGGUGGCUGUCACAAGGUCACCAGGUGUAUAUUCUCUCCGAUUCUACAGAACCUCGUGACUCUGGAAUGACGUUGUUGUGGAAAAAGUUAAAAACAAAAGACGACACGGAUGAGGCUGUUGACCCUUCCCGAGGUCACCUUAGUGUGGUGCAGUGCGAUCUGAACAACAAAAACGAAGUUGAAAAAACGCUGGAAAAACUAAACGCGAGGGAGGGCAGCAGUCCUUGUGUAAUAGUCCAAGACACUGUUGUCAACAGAAGGCAUUUCAGAUCGUUCUGUGAGACUCUGAGAAGCCGAUGUCCUGAUGUUUAUUUGUGGGCCACAAUCAGCACAUACAAGAAUGUACCAGAAGGAUGGACAGUAAAGACCUUCAGAAAGGCCCUCAUCUGUCCCCCUGCAGUGGUCAGAGAAGUCUCAAAUGUAGCAGCCGCUAAAGUUCCACCUGGUGGUGAAGGCAAACUUACCUGUCUACCUCCAACAGACGGACCACCAGUUAGAUAUGUUAACCACGUUAAGUAUGGAGUUUGCACAGCUCAUAAAUGUAAAGAUUGUUCAAAGAAAGUUGCUGACUUUCUCAUCAAACAUCUUUUCAGAAGAAACGUUACCGUCUCACCUGCACAUGACGUCAGCGCUACAACAACACAAACAACACCUGGUCACAAGUCCACCACCUUGAAGACAGCGUCGAUCCUUCAAAAGAAAGAUGUUUUGGUUUUGUUUGAAAACGAUACAGACAGAAUGUAUCAGUUUUUGACAGGACUGAAAGAGUGUGGUAUUGCAGUGAGCACUUUACAGUAUGUGAAAGGCAAGUUUGAAUUUAUAGGAAAACCUGAUUCUGUCCGCGCCAUGCACGUGGACCAACUACGAUGGUACCCGGUGAGAAAGAAAGUCGUGGUGUACGUGGAACAUCACCGAAGUCCUGGAGAUGUUAGCCAAAAAACAGCUGGUGAUCAGCACCUGUACAUCACAGUUGAUUGUCAUUCGAGGAAAUCCCUGACUUUUGUGUAAUAUAUGUAAGAGUGUUUGUGUGUCACAUACUUAUGCUUGCAAGGAUCCAUACCCUAAGAGAUUGAGACAAGAAUAAUACUUGGACAAUAUACAAAAGUACGGAGGAUGAAAAACAGUACUAAUGACUAUUAAAAGACUAAUUUAGAAAACGCAAAGAAGAUUCAGGUAACAAGAACCCAGAGUGUCAAUGAUUUCGUCAGAAGUGAAAAAGU